AUGCCACCGGCUACUGCGACUGCCACACCGGCUCCGACUCCGGCGGCGGAGUCCUCUAGCAGUUUCCAGCUACCAUGGCAGGCCAUUCCGAGAUUCAUACCGGGGACUACGGAUGUGACAGAGUACAGCAAGAAGCUCCAGUUCCUUGCGGCGAUGUGGCCGAAGGAGCAUCUCUCCUUGUUGGCGCCCAGGGCGGCGUUGAUGUGCGAGGGAACGGCAUUCAAGAAAGUGGCGUCCUUGGACGCCGAAAAGUUGAAGGCCAAUGAUGAGACCGGAGUAAAGCUCCUAGUGUCAACCCUGGGUGGCUCCUGGGGUAAGACUGAUCUGGAGAAGAAGUACGACAGCUUCGAGAAAGCGAUUUAUGGUACGACCCAGAAGGCAGACGAGACCAAUGACAGCUACCUGGCAAGGCACGAUGUUCAUUUUGAAGAGCUGCUGGCUGGUGGUGUGACUUUGAAGGAGAUCCGAGCGUACAUUCUUCUACGCCAAUCCCAGUUGUCUUCGGACGAUCGGAAGCGGAUUGUGGUAGAGAUGGGCGGUACCUUGGAGUAUGGCAAAGUCAGCCAAGCUAUCCGGCUGCUAGGGUCCCGAUUUUUCACGGAUUUGCAAGGACAGCGCAACAGCAAGUCGAAGACCUACGAUGCAAAUCACGUGGAUGAGAACAUCGACGAGGAGCCCGAUCGAGGAGUUCCAGCGGCUGCCGCUCAUUUCACCGAUGAGGGCGAAGCCGAUUUGGACAACGAGUACAUCGAGGCGCUUGUGGCAGCAGAAGAUCAAGAUGCCUUACAGGUUCAAGCGUUUGAGGAGGAGCUGGAAGGCUUCUUCCAGGACACUCCUGACCUGCAAGAUGCACUGGUGAAUUACUUGGAAGCUCGCAAUCGUCUUCUUGCGAAGAAGCGAGCUAGAGGUUUCUGGCCAGUUGGAGCAGGCGGGAAGGGAUCCAAGGGCGGACGUUCCGCCAAAGGCGGAAAGGGCAAGGGCAAAAAUGCCCGCGAGCAACUGCUCGCACGCAUCAGCCGAAGCAACUGUAGACUGUGCGGCGAACGCGGACAUUGGAAAGCAGAAUGUCCCAAGCUGGGCAAGGGAAGCGGUCACGCCGGAAAGAGCGAGAUGGCCACUACUACGGUUGCCGAGGUCGAUGAAUCCAAUUUUGCCACCCUGGAUGAAGCCGAGGUUCAGAUUGCUGAGGUCUGCACUAGCCUCCCCGAGGGAGCGCUGACGAUGGAAGUUGUGCCCAGUGCCGCAACGGCGCUGAUCAGCCACGGUCCCAUAGAAGCCAUUUUGGAUACGGGGGCCAGUCGGUGUGUCAUGGGCAAGCAGCUUGUGCUCGGCUUCUUGAGCCAACUGGAAGAGCAGGGCAACCGUGCUUUGGCCGUUCGCUUCGCCCGUUUGAACGAGCCGCAGCUGCGGUUCACCAUGGACGAGAUUCGCACCAUGCCUUUGGAAGAGCUGGGUCGGUUCACAAUCGACUUCGGCAAAGCCAUGCAUGGACGGUCCUACGUGGACGUAGCCGAGAACGAAAAGGGAUGGUGCAAGUGGAUCAUCGAGCAUAUGGGCCAAAGCGAGAAGCGUUGCCACCAGGCUUUCAUAGCCUAUCUGGAGCGCUACGUGGAUCAAGCCGAAGCCGUGGAAAGUGCCCUUCUGGACACCAUGGAAGCUGUGCUCGAGACCGAACCUUCGGCCACUCGAGGUCGGCCCAAAGCUGCAGCCAAGAGCAUCAGCCGCCCGCCGGCCCAAUCCUCCGAAGCCGUGCCCGAAGCCUGGGACUUGGUGAAUCAAGAUUCGUCCGAUCCACCUCUCGAUCACCAGGUCACGUCUUUGGCCACUCGCGUGACCCACAUGGAAAGUGUUUUGCAGCAAGUGCUGAUGGCUGUUCAGGAUCUGUCUGCGGCGUUUGACCCACAGGUCAUCGAAGAGCCUGCAAAACAACUCCUAGACCAACAAGCUCCCCUACCCGAGCUUAAGAAGUUCCUUCGAUCAAUCCCCUGGGACAAGCUUAAGACACAUAGCGCGGGAACACGAACUGGACUUGAGCUCUUAGAAACUGAAGACAAUAAAACUCCUGCUUAUGUGGUGUUCGGGAUGUUUGUUCAUGGGGGCAAAGUAGGCAUCACCAGAGUCUCGCGUGACUUUCCCUGGUUGACCCAAGUUCUGGUGCGCAUGAUCAAGUUGACGGACCCCCAUCAGCAAGUAACAUCCAUCACCAUAUCCCGAAACACCCGAUCGACCCCACACCGAGAUAGCUUCAAUUCACUGGCGAUCCCGAACAUAGUCAUUCCUUUUGAGUAUCCACGUGCUGGUGGUGAGAUCUGGAUCGCUCAGCCGCCUGCGGCAAAUCAGCAGAGCAAGACCCUGAUGUGUCGGGGGCAAGAGAUUGAUGGUUCCCUUCAGUCCUUAAAAUCCGCAGUUUACGUGAAUCCUCACAAAUGGCAUGCCACCAUGCCAUGGGAGGGAAAUCGAUCUGUUGCAAUCGGCUACGCUGUGAAGCCUGUCUGGAAGCUGGAGGCUUCCGAUCGUGCUUGGCUGCUUCGACAAGGGUUCGCCUUGCCGACUUGCAAUCAUCCAGCAUUCCCUAAAGUAGCUUCCCGUAGCAUCGCCAACGCCCAGAGGGUCUGUCCUGAGUCAGCCCUUCGACAAGAGCUGGAUGCAUCCCAGCAUAUGCUGAGCAAGUCCUCCUUGGCAAACCUGGCUUCCAGCGUCGAUGCAGCCAGUAAGAGUGCUUUCAGUGUUGCCGAAGACAUUUCCUGGAGCACGUUCCAAGACUCCUUGCUUACCUAUGGUCAAGCGACAGGGCCUAGGUUAGAUGUUUUAGAGAUAUAUGCUAGUGAGGAUAGUCGAUUGACAACCUGGGUUAGAAGCUUGGGGGGAAAAGCGCAGCGCUUCACAGCAAAGGAUGGAGAUCUAACCACUGCAUCAGGCCAGCGUGCUCUCUGGGAUUUGAUUCAGAAGACGCAGCCUCAGCAUGUUUGGUGUUCGCCGGACUGUCAGACUGUGGCAAAGUUUGCGGGCACAUACUGCUCUGGGUUUGCGCAUUAUGUUGCCCGUCAGCUGUUGAAGCAAGCAGCUGAGAAGGCUUGUGCUGCUGAGGAUGUUCCCCAGUUCACCCGCAAGAGGUUUAAGACAUCCACGGGCAUUCCCGCGCCCAGCAAUAUCCUUGGCUCCCAUAAACGCCCUGCAGCGGAAGCAAAUGAUGACCGGAGUACCGCUGUCCGAAAGCUUGAUCCGGUGCUGUUGCUUCUUCCUGUGGACACCGUCCCGCUGCAGCGCUUGUCUCCCCACAACAUGAUCUGUGCUUUGCCUCCUACGGUAGCGCCCUGGAGAAUAAGUCUGGGGUCUCGUGUUGCUGCGGAUGGAACGAGGAAGUACUUUUGCUUGGGCAACGAAGAUCGCACCACGAUGUCUGCCGAGCGGAAGAAGCUUCGAGUGCCAGUUGUCGAAGUUUCCAUCACUGUGCUAGGUGAUCCGAAGCCAGAUAUCGAAGGAUGGGCACCUCCUCCGGCAGCGAAGGAGAGUCCAUCCUUGAUUGAAGCGGCACUGGAAUACCAAUGCGAUGCGUAUGAGUGCACGAGUCUUUGUCAGUGCGGUGUGGAUGACGCUCAGGAACAGAGUGAGGUUGAGCGCGGAACAACUGGUUCAGUUGUGCCUGCUGCCCCUUCGCCUGUGCCAGCUCCGACUUCCCCGGAAGCCUUUGAGCCAUCUGCGUCCGAGGCUGAAAUCCCGAAUGCAACCAAUAUCCCAGUGCCCGGGUCCGAUGAAGGUUUAGUAGUUGAGGAUCUUCUUCUCGCCAGUACUCCUUUAAGUGCCGAGCCCGGAGAAGCAGAUGAGCUGAUGAGUUUCUUGACUUUGCAGGCCGGUGACCAGUCUUCGGGUCCGCCGCUCGCUGAAGAUAAUCUCCCCUACGUUGAAACGCCUCUGGAUUGUGCCGAGCACCAAGCUUUCUGCCUUGAGAUCCCAGUGAAUGCUAAAGCAGUCAAACGGUGGGCCCAAGAAAAGUCUCCUGAGCAAAUGGUUGCAUUGGCCUCCUUAAGCAAGCGAGCUCGAGCCGAAGUCUUUGUCAAAGACUUGUCAGCUGCUGAGCGUGAGUUGUUCGAGGUCGCCAAGUCCAAAGAGAUCCAAUGCUGGCCCCAGAAGUCGGAGAGGUGCAUCAACGCGCCAAAGCACGCUUAG